UUUAGCACUAACCUCUAAUUUAUUCCUAUAAUAAACCUCUCGAUCGGCAUGCCAACCGUAAUCACAGGAUACACGAUCAAGGAUCUCAGAUUUCCCACCUCCCUUUCCGGAGACGGCUCCGACGCCAUGAACAAGGACGGUGACUACUCCUCGGCCUACAUCAUCCUCCACACUGACAACCAGAGGGUGAAUGGCCACGGUAUGACCUUUACCAUCGGCAGAGGGAACGAUAUCGUGUGCUAUGCCAUGCAGUAUUUUGGGGAGCGGUUAAAGGGCAAAGCCUUGGAGUCGUUGGUUACUGAUAUUGGGGCUACCUGGAGAGAUAUGGUGAGCGACUCUCAGUUGAGAUGGAUCGGCCCAGAGAAAGGUGUGAUCCACCUUGCGCUUGGGGCGUGUGUAAAUGCUAUCUGGGAUAUGUGGGCAAAGUCCGUCGAAAAGCCUCUCUGGAGGUUGGUGGCGGACUUCACCCCGGAAGAGUUGGUCAGCUGCGUCGAUUGGAGAUAUUUAACGGAUGCUUUGACCCCAGAGGAAGCGGUCGCUAUGUUGAAGAAGACCGCGGCUGGGAAAGAGGAGAGAAUUGUUGAAACCUUGGCCAACAGAGCUGUUCCCACAUACACCACUUCUGCCGGUUGGUUAGGCUACAGCGACGAGAAAAUGCAGAGCUUGUUGACGGAAACCAUGAAUUUGGGGUUCAAACACUUCAAAGUGAAAGUGGGUGGAAACUUGGCCCGUGACCAGCAUCGUCUCAAGUUGGUGCGUGACAUUAUCGGCUACGACAGCGGUAAUCAACUCAUGAUCGACGCCAACCAGGUUUGGUCUGUUCCAAAGGCCAUCGAAUACGUUAAGCAGUUGGCAGAGUUCAAGCCGUGGUUUAUCGAAGAACCCACCUCUCCAGACGAUAUUUUGGGUCAUUUGGCGAUCAAGAAGGCCCUAUUGGCGGACGGGAUCAAAGUGGCCACCGGUGAGAUGUGCCAGAACAGAACCAUGUUCAAGCAGUUCCUCGCCAGCGGUGCCAUCGACAUUUGUCAGGUGGAUUCCUGCAGGUUGGGUGGUGUCAACGAGGUUUUGGCGGUCUUGCUCCUCGCCAAGAAGUUUAACGUGCCGGUUGUGCCUCACUCUGGUGGGGUAGGCUUGCCAGAGUACACCCAGCACCUUUCCACCAUUGACUAUGUCGUUAUCAGCGGUGAAAAGUCCAUUUUGGAGUAUGUGACCCACUUGCAUGAGUGGUUCAAGCAUCCAAGCGAAGUUGACCAGACUGGUCAUAUUAUCACUCCGUUAGACCCAGGGUACUCAGUCGAGGUCAAGCCAGAAGCGUUUGAUAUCUACGAGUUUCCAACCGGUUCAUUCUGGACCAGUCCAGAAGCUGACAACAUAGAGGAUAAAAUUAUUCUUAACGGGGGGGUAAGGAAAAUAGGAGAAUUUGGAAAGCCGUAAAAUCUCCGCAUGAUGUAUUGAUGAUAAGAAUAUACUCGUAGACAAAAGUAUACGACUAUUAGAUAUUUUAUCUGGCAAAGAACAUGCCGGAAAAAGCUAAAAAGAUAAUGACCGCUAAGCGGUUCGAACGCUUGCCUCUUACGAGAUCUGAUCUUGAGUCAGAC